ACUGCUAAAAGUGUCCCGUCUUCCCUACCCUACUAUAUUAAGAAUCAAAACAAGUUCGAAUAAGUUAGGUGAAACAGUUACCGAUAUUAGGAAACAUAAGUCUUGUUUUUACGAAGUCUUCGCUAUAAUUCUAUGUAAAACGCGCAGCACUUUAGUUCGUAAUAUUUUUGCUUGUAACGUUUUAUUCGAUUUAGUUGGUGUACUUUUUACAGAUUAAAUCGUUUGGAAUAUGCUUAACGUGUCGGUUUAGAUUUUAUAGAACAUAUAGCCGGAACUUGCUUAACUUGUUGAAAGGACGUAACAUGAGUGAAGAAAAAGAGGGUGAAACAGACCAUGGAUCUAAGAUAAAACAUAACAAUGUUCAUUUUGGGGAUAAACUGUUUCAGUGUCCUAAAUGUGGUAAAUGUUUAUCGAGCGAGGCUGGGUUAAGGCGGCAUAUCAACAGAGAAAAGAAGGGGAAACAGUUUAAAUGCUCCACGUGUGAUCGUAGGUUUUCCAUGAAAGCCCGACGUGACAAACAUCAGAAAAAGCAUUUGGGGAUUGUGGAUACACUCUACUCCUGCGAGUUUUGCCCAAGGACCUUUGGGCAAAGCAAUCAUUUCACGGUGCAUAUGAAACGUCAUCACACCGGGAAAACAGUAAAAAGUACCACUUGCAAGAUAUGCCAUAAAGUGCUUGCCAGCACCGCCAGUUUAAAGAAUCAUCAGAAAGUGCAUACCGGAGAAAAAAAUCACAAAUGUAAAACCUGUGGCGCCCAGUUUACCCAAUCACAUUCUUUGAAUCGUCAUCAGGUAAUACAUAGCGGGAAGAAGGAGUUUAAAUGUUGCGUGUGUAAGAAGUCGUUUAACCAGUUCGGUACAUUAAAAAGACACAGAGAAAUACAUUCAGGCGAGAAUGCGUACGAGUGUCCAAAGUGCAAGAAAGUGUUCAGUCAAAAAGCUGCAAUGGUACUUCAUGAUAAAAAGAAACACAAAACCCAACCCAACAAUACAACUGAUUAAAAGUAAAACCAAUGCAAUCCUUAACCUUCACAAAGAAAUAGGUCCAAAAGUCGGUUUUAUUUUUCAUGUUGAUUUUCCCUAUAAGCUAAAGCUAGUAUAUUCCUGCGUACUUUAAAUUAGCCCCCCUCCCAGUUUGUGUUAAACCUGUGUUGUAAACGUGUCAUGUUGUGUUUUAAUCCUGUACAUCCGUUUAUACAGAGUUUUUUUGUGUUAAAAGUAAUUGUUUGUCGUAUUAAGGUUAAAGGUGUAUAAAACAGAACAUCCGUGUUAUAACAGCUGUCGUUGCCCGCAACGCAAGGAUAAAUAAGUUACAUUCAUACAUUCAAUAAAUGUACAGAACCCACA